AUGGAGGAAGCACCUGUGGUAGAUUGCCCUCCAACACCGGAAAUACUGCCACUGUCGAGCACACCACCGCCGCGGUCCGAUGUAUUGUGCAGCUCAUCGUCUGAGGAAGGAGAUGAGCCCACGGAUGGUCGUCGCUCGCCACCGCCGAAAUGUGCAAUCUGUCUAGGAAAAUGUCGUCAACGGGCGUACACCAACUCCUGCAAGCAUCAGUUCUGUUUCCGGUGUCUGCUAGAAUGGAGCAAGGUGAAACCGGAAUGUCCAUUGUGCAAGCAACGUUUUUUCUCGAUCGUUUACUAUAAAUCAAUCGACUGUUUCGAACAGCACACGGUUGCGGUUCCAGCCGCAAACGUUCCCAGAGUAAGUACCAGGAAUAUGUAUCACGAUCUGAGCGUGUUUCUCAGCAACUCACAGCGCUUCACCGCAUACGCAAUACCAAAUAUGACGCUGCGCCUGCAGUCAAACAAUGAACGACUGCAGGAACUGCUGCUGCAUCAAUCCAGCGAGGUAGAUCGCUUUAUAAGCGAGUAUGGUAAUCAACCGAUCCCGACGCGACAGGACGAGCUCCGUUGGAGGCAGUUCAUCUAUACGAACAGGCUGUAUGCGUGUCCACUACCCGAUCUAAACGGUCGUUUUCGGGAGACAUCUGCCUCAUUUUACAGAGAUAAUCCGGGCCAAAUGCAUCGUGUUCUCUCCUGGAUGCACCGGGAUUUACUCGUACUGAGUUCGAACAUAGCAAUCCACGCGCCUAAUAUGGGCGUGCUGGAGGAUCUGUUGCAAAUGCACGAUAUUGACUCACGCGAGUUUCUGCUUCGCAUUCUGCGACACAUGCCGUUGGAGGAUGGCGAACAGUUUCAACACGAGUGUGCCAACUUUGCACGCUCGCCGUACGAUAUGAUUGGGUAUGAUCGUUGCGUCCAGUACAAUCCACGCUUCAUACAGCACCGUGUGCGCAGCCAAGUCGUAAUUUCCUCAUCCGAAGAGGACAAUGACGAUAUCGUGUAUUUGCCCGAACCAGCGGCUGGCACUUCAUCGAACAAUGAGGCACCUGCCGUCGAGGGAAGUGUUGGUGGUGAAGGAGUAAGCAACGGUAGCAGUACGGCUAGCGGUGAAAUAACGGGGACAAGCAGUAAUUCCACCGCUACUUCCGGCACUCUCAAUGCCCGAAAUGGAAGGAGUGUAGUUAACAACGAGUUCAACUUGUUGAUUGAUAGUGUCGGUAAUAUAGUGGACCGUCCGGUUGCUAUGGCGGGCUCGUUGCCCCGAGUUCCGUUGACCUCUACGAUUGAGGCAAGUGAAAACAUUUCGCUAUCGUCAAGCGAUUCCGAUGACUGCCAAUUUGUGAUGGCACAGAAGCCACCACAUUUGCGCACACCGGAUCAUGUGGUCGAUCUGGAAUCGGCCAGCGAUAGCGAUGUGGUGUUCAUCGCAGAAGAACCUGUGGAACCCCAUGCCACGAAUCGUACGACGCGACAACAGCAGCAGGCUAAUUCAUUGAAAAAAGAGACGGCUGGAAUCCAGGAGUACAAUAAUGGUGCCUCGACCAGUUCGGGCUACUGUGGGGCUGGUAAUGGUGGCGGAGCAAGCAGUGGAAGUGUGGCUAGCGGUAGCGCUUUACGAUCAAAGUAUUACGUACGGACACCACGAUCAAACAGGUACACGGGCGGGACGGGAGUGAAGAGCAUCUACGAGGCAAGUGAUACGGAUGAUAGCGAUAGUGAUACGCUAUUUAACUUACCGCAUGGAAGACGCCCAACGUCCAACACUGCCAACGAUUCGUCGUCGCACGAGGAGAUAGAUGUUGGCAGAGGGCAGCGAAACCGGAGAAGACUUAACAAAAAGACCUCUACCACAAUACCAAAGGGUUCCAAGAGAGCCUCAAGGAAACGGCGUAAUGUUAGCGUUAGCAGCUCCAGCAGUGAAGAUUGUAGCGCAAGCAGCAGUAGUGAUGAGGCCAAUGAUAGUGACUCCAGCCACUCGAGCUGUUCUAGCAGCAGUAGUAACAGUUGCAGCAGUAGCAGCAGCAGCAGCAGCAGCAGCAGCGGUAGCAUCUCGAGCAGUUACGAUUAUGGAGGCAGGGGUUCUACCACUUACCACAAAAACGUGCAAGUGGAAAUCGAAUGCGGGCGGCAAUUACGGCGUAACACGGCGGCCCAGAGCCGUGCGAUCUACUCCGCACGCUCUAAAUCGGCGGAGACCGAUUCCAAGGGACGAACGAAAAAAAAGCGAAGCAGAAGAACGAUCGAAAAGGAAUCAAAACAAGCGAAGGAAAAGGUUGCAACAACUGCUUCGAAAUCAAAGUCGCGCCACACGAAAUCUAAAAAGAAGUCCCAAUCAUCUUCCCGGGCCGUUCGGGACGUUACGAAAGGAUCACGCACGAAAUCUAAAUCGCGAAGCCGUGGUGUAACAGCACGCAACAACAAAGGUAAAAAACGUACCAAAUCAUCGUUCGAUCCUGAAGAUGACCCGUCACGGUCGACCCCACUGCUAGAUGAAGAUAUGCACGAGGAGAAUGCAUCCACCAGAGCGCACUACGUCAUUGCAUCCCGACCAUCGGUUUCUCCCACGGUGGAUGUAACAUCGGUCGACGGGACGGAGUGUGGGCAGCGCAAGCUGAAGAGUGUUAUCAUAAAACGUUGCCAUUACAACAAAUCGACCGUGAAUCGGCCGAACGAAGCGACGAAUAUUGAUGAAGGAAUGCAGUCUGGUUCGGGUGCAUCCACGACGGCCAUGCCAGACUGUGUAGAACCGAGCACAUCGAAUUCGUUCCAGGGAGAAGAAAGAGUUCCAGAAAGUGUGAAUUUUGGCAAGAUGGAACCGGUUGAUGUGACGGAUAUGUUGAAGUGCGAACCUGUCGCCAAUGAUGUGCAACUAUCGUUUUCCUCCAAUUCGUCCAGCGAAUCGGAACCGGAGCCACCUAGUGCUACUGAUUGGGCAGACAGCAGAAUGUAUUCGGCAGUCGCUAGUUUGGUACAAAUGCAUCGAAACGCAUUGCUCCAUCCAACGUCGUUGGUUCAGCAGCCGCAGCAGGAACAGCACAACCAACAACACGCUCAACAGAAUUGGCAGCAACCAGAGGAAUACAUUCAGGAACAGCUUCAGCUACCGAUAAAUGACAACGAUCAACAUCCCCAAACGCUAGGAAGCAACGAUGCGAUGCUGCACGCGGACGAAAGCAAUACCGGUGCGUCGGAAUCCAUCUUCGAGCCAACGUUAAGCUGGGCCGAGACCGGUCGUCCACUACUGCCCGAAGACCGUGCGCUGUCAUCAGCGGCCGCGUCCCCAUUUUCGUCGAUAUCAUUCCCACCGUCCACAACGUCUGUUUCGCCGUCACCGUCAAUGUCCUCGCAAUCGUUGGCGUUAGCGGCGGCCGCCUCGCCACUGCAGCUGAUCGAAAGCCUGGGAACGAUGGAUGGCGAUUCUCCAUUACCCUCGUCCGUCCUCGGUAUUGAUGCGAUCGAUAGCACUAUGGACGAAAUCAUGGCAACUGAGGUAGUUGGCGCGUCCGCCACGAUAGCUGAACCUCCGAUCGGGAUGGACCAGGAAACUGCGGAUGGAUCCGCCAUUCCCUGCGAAUUAGCGCCAACAACGAGCGAUGCAGUACCCGCUGUACAGCUGCAGCUGUGA